GCUCCACGUCGUCAGAGAGGUCCACUUUUGCUGAUUAUUGUCUGUGGACGCGGUUACAUUAAAGGGAACCUACUGGCAUCGAAAAAAACAUGCCUCUCAGACUGGAUAUCAAGCGAAAGCUGACGGCUCGCUCGGACCGUGUAAAAAGCGUGGACCUGCAUCCAACUGAGCCAUGGAUGCUUGCCAGCCUGUACAAUGGCAGCGUCUGCGUGUGGAACCACGAGACACAGACCCUUGUUAAGACCUUUGAGGUGUGUGACCUUCCAGUGAGAACCUCUAAGUUUGUCGCCAGGAAGAACUGGGUCCUCGCUGGAGCAGAUGACAUGCAGAUUCGCGUGUUCAACUACAACACCCUGGAGCGUGUGCACAUGUUCGAAGCACACUCAGACUACAUCCGCUGCAUCGCUGUGCAUCCCACGCAGCCAUACAUCCUCACCAGCAGUGAUGACAUGCUGAUCAAGCUCUGGGACUGGGAGAAGAAGUGGUCCUGCAGCCAGGUCUUUGAGGGACACACACACUACGUCAUGCAGAUCGUCAUCAACCCCAAAGACAAUAACCAGUUUGCCAGCGCUUCCCUUGAUAGGACUAUCAAGGUGUGGCAGCUGGGUUCCUCCUCCCCAAACUUCACGCUGGAGGGCCAUGAGAAAGGAGUCAACUGCAUUGACUACUACAGUGGGGGGGACAAACCCUACCUCAUCUCCGGGGCCGACGACCGGCUGGUGAAGAUCUGGGACUACCAGAAUAAGACAUGUGUGCAGACGCUGGAGGGCCACGCCCAGAACGUCUCGUGUGUCAGCUUCCACCCGGAGCUGCCCAUUGUCAUCACUGGCUCAGAGGAUGGUACUGUGCGUAUCUGGCACGCGAGCACGUAUCGGCUGGAGAGCACGCUGAACUACGGCAUGGAAAGGGUGUGGUGCGUGUGCAGCAUGCGGGGCUCCAACAGUGUGGCGCUGGGCUACGACGAGGGGAGCAUCAUCAUAAAGCUUGGACGGGAGGAGCCAGCCAUGUCCAUGGACAGCAAUGGGAAGAUCAUCUGGGCCAAGCACUCUGAGGUCCAGCAGGCCAACCUGAAGGCCAUGGGCGACGCCGAGAUCAAGGACGGGGAGCGGCUGCCCCUGGCAGUUAAAGACAUGGGCAGCUGCGAGAUCUAUCCGCAGACCAUCCAGCACAACCCUAAUGGCAGGUUUGUGGUGGUGUGUGGAGAUGGAGAGUACAUCAUCUACACAGCCAUGGCGCUGAGGAACAAGAGCUUUGGUUCAGCGCAGGAGUUCGCCUGGGCCCAUGACUCCUCCGAGUACGCCACCCGGGAAAGUAACAACGUGGUGAAAAUCUUCAAGAACUUUAAGGAGAAGAAGUCUUUCAAACCAGACCUUGGAGCAGAAGGUAUAUACGGCGGGUACCUGCUGGGAGUUAGGUCAGUGAGCGGGUUGGCGUUUUAUGACUGGGAGAACACCCAGCUGAUCCGACGCAUUGAGAUACAGCCCAGGCAUAUUUUCUGGUCAGACUCUGGUGAGCUGGUGUGCAUCGCCACCGAGGAGUCUUUUUUCAUCCUCAAGUACCUGUCUGACAAGGUGGCGGCCGCACAGGAAUGCAGUGAGGGUGUGACAGAUGACGGCAUCGAGGACGCUUUUGAAGUCCUUGGUGAGAUUCAGGAAGUAGUGAAGACAGGACUCUGGGUGGGAGACUGUUUCAUCUACACGAGCUCAGUCAACAGACUCAACUACUUUGUGGGUGGAGAAAUCGUUACCAUUGCUCACCUGGACAGGACCAUGUAUCUGCUGGGCUACAUCCCCAAGGAUGACCGCCUCUACCUUGGAGACAAGGAACUAAACAUUGUGAGUUACUCGCUGCUGGUGUCUGUGUUGGAGUACCAGACAGCGGUCAUGCGCAGGGACUUUGCUAUGGCCGACAAGGUACUGCCCACCAUCCCCAAGGAACAAAGGACCCGGGUGGCCCAUUUCCUGGAGAAACAGGGCUUCAAACAGCAGGCGCUGGCAGUGUCUAUGGACCCAGAGCACCGCUUUGAGUUAGCACUGCAGCUGGGGGAGCUCAAGAUCGCCUACCAGCUCGCUGUGGAAGCAGAGUCUGAACAGAAGUGGAAGCAGCUGGCUGAGCUGGCCAUCGGCAAGAGCCAGUUUGGGCUGGCGCAGGAGUGCCUCCACCAAGCCCAGGACUACGGCGGACUGCUGCUGCUGGCCACAGCCUCUGGCAAUGCCACCAUGGUGGCCAAGCUGGCACAGGGCGCAGAGCGUGACGGCAAGAACAACGUGGCCUUUUUGACCUACUUCCUGCAGGGGAAACUGACCAACUGUCUGGAGAUCCUGAUCCGGACAAACCGCCUGCCAGAGGCCGCUUUCCUGGCUCGCACGUACCUGCCCAGCCAGGUUUCCAGAGUGGUGAAGCUGUGGCGAGAGAGCCUGUCCAAGGUGAACCAGAAGGCAGCCGAGUCAUUGGCUGACCCCUCCAACUACGAGAAUCUGUUCCCUGGGCUGAGGGAGGCCUACGUGGCUGAGCAGUUCCUGAAAGAGACUGCAAAGGCGCGGCCAGCAGCAGACUACCCCCUCGUCACACCUAAUGAGGAGAGGACUGUCCUGGAAGAGGCCAGAGGCUACGAGCCCAAAGGAGUCCCUACAGCAACAGAAGUGGCUGAGGUCAGUGAGGAGGCCACUGUAGUAGCAGCAGCAGCAGCAGCAGCUGUUGACCUUGUAACCGCAGAAGCGGAUGCCCCAGCUGUCGCAGAGGUGGAAGCUCCUGCUGCAGAAGUGGAAGCUGCUGUCGGGGAAGUGGAAGCUCCCGCUGUCACGGAGUUGGAAGCUUACGCUGUCGCAGACGUGGAAGUGGAAGCUCCUGUCAUUGCGGAAGUGGAGGUGGAGGUUCCCAUUGUUGCCAAACCUCCGGUCAUCACAGAGCCAGAAGCUCCCAUUGUCGCAGAAUUGGAAGCUCCCAUUGUCACAGAAGUGGAAGCACCACUUGUGGAAGUGGAAGCUCCUGUCAUUGCGGAAGUUCCUGUCAUUGCAGAAUCGGAAGCUCCAGUUGUGGAAGUGGAAGCUCCCGUCAUUGCAGAAUUGGAACAUGCUGUUGUCACAGAAGUAGAAGCACCUGUUGCAGAAGUGGAAGUUCCUCUUGUUGUGGAAGCUCCUGUCGCAGAAGUGGAAGUUCCUGUUGCAGAAGUGGAAGCACCUGUUGCAGAAGUGGAAGUUCCUGUUGUUGCGGAAGCUCCUGUUGCAGAAGUGGAAGUUCCUGUUGCAGAAGUGGAAGUUCCUGUUGCAGAAGUGGAAGUUCCUGUUGCAGAAGUGGAAGGUCCUGUUGUUGCGGAAGCUCCUGCCAUCACUGAAUCGGAAGCUGCUGUUGUGGAAGUGGAAGUUCCCGUCAUUGCUGAAGAGGAAGCUCCUGUUGUCGCAGAGUUGGAGCCUCUUGCCAAGGAAGUGGAACCUCAUGCCAUGGAAAUGGAAGCUCCUGUAACCACAGACAUAGAAGCUCCUGUUGUGGAAGUGGAAUCUCCUGGCAUCAUGGAAGUGGAAGUUCCUGUUGUGGAAGCGGAUGCUCCCAUUCUCACAGAAGUAGAAGCUCCCGUUGUUGCAGAAGCGGAAGCUCCCGUUGUUGCAGAAGCGGAAGCUCCCGUUGUAACAGAAGCAGAAGUUCCAGUCAUUGCAGGAGUGGAAGCCCCCCUUUCUGUGGAAGUUCCUGACGUCGCAGAAGUGGAUGUCCCCCCUCCUGAGGAAGUGCCUGUCGUCGCGGAAGUAGGAGCUACUAGCGUCACUGAAAUAGAAGUUCCUGACCCUUUGGAGGUGAUUACCCACUCUGUUGCACCUGCCACAGCACUGGCCGCACCAGAACAUACCCUUGUAGUGCCAGAGAUGCCAGCUGCUCUGGCACCGGAACCAGUGGAAGAAAUAAGUGAAGCACACAAAGACCCAUCAGUUGAGGGAUCUGCGCUCCAGCCUAAAGACGAGGCCCUCUUCGACCUGGAUGAUGAUUUGGAUGACUUUGAUCUGGAGGGUAUCGACACAUCAGAUGUCAACCUGGAUGACGACUUCCUGGAUGUCUAAAAUCCUCACAGAGCAUCAACAUUACGAGACCAAACUCUUUAUAUUUAUACUUCUGUCAUUUUCACUUUGAAAGGGAAGGGUACAGGGAAGGGAGAGGGGCAUAGUUGGUAGAUUAGUGGUACCAUGAAGUGCCAAUACCUCAUUUUUCAAUACGCUGCAUUUUUGUACUUUAAAUGGGAACCCUGGGACUUGCACACUAUUGAUGUGCAUUAAGGUGCAUUCUGUUCUGCGCACAUGUGCAGGAUACUGUAGAACACAAUUACCUCUAAAUA